CGCUGCCCCUCGCCUCGCCUCCGCUGUUCUCCACGACGAUGGCCUCGCCGCUGCUGUCCGCCUCAGCGUCCGCGCCGUCAUUCUCCCCGUCCCGCAGCCCCCUCCUCAGCCCAAACACGCUCAACCGCCGUCUCUCCGCCCGCCGAGGCUCCGUCGCCGCCGCCGAUCCCUGGGGGCAGCACUCCGAGGCCAACUACAACCCCGAGCGCAAUUCCUCCAGCAGACUCACCAUCGUACGCGUCACGAACCCGACCGUCAACCUCGAAGAGCCGCCGCGCCCAGGCUCGCCGCACCAUCACCGCAGACUCCACCGCCGCCAGGGGAGCGCGGGCUCCAUCGGGUCCGCGGACGGCAGGGGCGGGGGGCGGCUCAGCUUCGCGUCCGCGAGCUUUGGCGGGCCCACCCCCAGACCGGGCAGCCCGACGACCUCCCGCCCGCACUCGCCCGUGCGCAGCCACUCGCGCAGCGGGUCCCUCUCGCACCACAGGCUCUCGCCGGAGGAGCUCGUCGACAUGGCGCGCGCCAGCUCAAGCCCGUCGUACAUGCCGUCCCCGCGCCCGUCCCCCGGCUCGCCCUACGCGUCCCACAGCCCCGAGAAGCUCGUCCAGCCGGCCCAGUUUACGCCCCUCCCCGAUGACGUCUACCUGCCCUUCCUCGAGCGCCCCUCGGAAGUCUCCGCGCUCCUGUCCACCUACCCCACCGCCAAGCUAUGGGCCCUCCUCCAGCAGAUGUUCCCCGGGGACAAGCGCGGGCCCCCGGACUCGCCCCUCCUGCAGCCUCGGGGGUCGGACAAGUCGGUUUCUGAGGAGUCGGGGCCGGCGGGGCCCGUCGACGUUUCUGGGGACCCGGCGAACUGGGAUUUCACACAGCUGGCGUACUGGCUGAAGCAUGUGGAUAGAGAUGUUGCCCCGGAUGAGGUCUGGGUGAAGAAGGCACGCCGUUGCGUGGCGUCGCAUUCGGAGCUGAUUUGGGAGAGGCUGAAGGGUGCGCUAGGCGUCCCUGCGGACUUGGACGCGGACGGCGACGAAGAGGAUGGGGCGAAAGCCUUGGAAGACGCCUUUUCGGAUCACAAUGCGGACAUUUCCCCGGCCAACCUGCCUUCUCCAUUCGAGAGCCGUGUUGCGGAGGAUCGGGCAGCGGCCGAGGUCGCACAGAUUGAAGGAAUGGAUCCUGAAGAGUCCCCGGAGAUCACAAUCGAGCCUAUUGUCGUACCAACUACCCCUCCCCUCAAUUCACAGGAUCCCGCAGGCGGCUUGCAAGAAAUCCAGGAAGAGGAAUCAGAGACGAACGACUCCGCGGAGCUGAUUCCGAAGCCAAAAGAGAUCUGCCAGGGCCUGCGGAUCGUCACCUCGCCCUCGUCGCCCAACGCAAUCGGCCCUGUCUCGCGCUCCCCGUUCUCGUUCGCCGUGCAGUCGCCCAGUCCGAACUUGCCGCCACUAAACGACGGCGGGAGCGUGUUUAGUAGUCCGCGGUUUGGGCGGAGGGCGAGUGUGGGGAGCCAUUAUAGCACUGGGAGCGCGGACGUGCCGUUUGAUGUGUUGAGGGAGAGAGGACCUGGGCACCCGUUGUUCCCGAGCAACUUUGCGAAUCUGGCGCUGGGGCCGACGUUGACAGCCAAUAACCCGUCGUUGAGGAGACCGAGCGCGCCGCCGCCGCCUGCGUACUCGAACCCGCACGCAAUACGGAGCGGGGUGAGGGGGCGGAGGAAUAUUCCCAGCUGGGCGGAUGGUUAUGACCCUGCGAAGCAUGAGCAUGCCAUUACGAUUGGGAGUGCAAGUAGCGUGGAUGAUUGAACGCUCGUACCAUGAUUCCUCACUGCAUCGUCUCAUCAACUAGCAAGUCUCUGUUCAACCUGUUGUUUGUUGUAUCGCAUACACGAAGUUGCAUCACCCCUCCCCAUUCCAUGUUCGGUUUCCGCAUUGCUCGUACACAAAGUUACCAUACGCAUGAUUUAUUGUAUCACAAUCAUACAGCCUGUGUUCAAG